AUGGAGGACGACUUUAACGUGGACGAGAACUACAUCAAGCAGCUGUCGGAGAAGUACAAAAACGCCGAGCACCCGCUCUUCAUGGAUGAGUUGCCGGCCAACAUUGAAGAAAAUGAAGACCUGCAUGCUCUCUACAAUUUAAUGAUCGACGAUGAAGACGAACUAAGUUUGGCCAAAAAUUUUAAACAAGUCGGAAACGACUACUACAAGGAUGGAACCAAGUAUUUUGAGGAUGCUAUAAUUAGCUACACCAAGGGAAUAGAUAUACUGACGAAAUAUUGGGAGGAUAAAAAGUUGGAGAAGCGAAAGGCAGAGAGGGGGAGUAAAUUGACAAAUGACAGCAGCAGUCACCCCCCAGAGAGGACAAAAAGUAACACGAAAAAUGUCGACUCCAAAAGUAUUAGCAAUGCGAUAGGUACCGAAAAAGGGGAAACCAGCCACGCGGAGGAGGCAGUCAAAUCUGAAGUUAAGGAAGACUCCUCGUCUGAUAGGAAGGACGCGGAGAUCAGCAAACCAAAUGUGUUACAAAGUGAAAGUGGUAAACGUAAUGACCUGCGUGAUGACGAAAUAAAGGGCGUCCUGGCCGACCUGCACAGCAACCGAGCAAUCGUCCACUACAAAAAGAAGCGCCACGUGAAAUGCCUGGAAGACUGCCGAAAGGCCUACGCCUUCAAUCAGACAAAAUUCAAAAGCGUGUACUACUGCAUCCUGUGUUCCUACCACUUGGAACUAUACAAAGAUGCUCACAUGUACGUUAACCAAUUUGAAGACAUGACCAAAUCAAUUGCUCUGAAAAAUCAUAUCAAUUUAAACGAGUACGAAAAAAUGAAGGAAAUCAUUUUUAAAAAAUACGAAGACAUUUUAAAAAGAAAAGAAAUAUAUGAAAAUGAAAAAAGAAAAGCGGAGGAAAAUGAAAAAAACGUUACCAAUCUUGUGCAAGAAAUUUUACACAAAAGGAACAUUCAGAUGGUUAAAAAUGUAUUCCAGCAAGCGAACAAUGUCAUCCCUGUGCUCUAUGUAGACCCAUCCAUGUAUAUUCACCUUACCGUUUUUUUGUUAUAUUUUGAAUGGGGAAUCAUGGAAACGAUCAUCGACUUUGCCGAGAAUCAAUCUCUCAUGGACCACUACGAUAUUGUAAAGAAGAACAAAAACAACAAUCUCCUUUUUUGCUAUAUCGAAUUCCCGGAUGAUGUUUUUUUCAUGAUUCAUAGCAGCUCCUACAUUUGUGAUGUGCUCAACAGGGCCAAAUUAUUUUCCCCCAUUCUGUCCAUACACAUUAUCGAGAAUGAGGAAGCCAACCGACAAUUCAGGAGUGGCAAAACGGUUAAGUCCAUUCCGCUGUGA